GCUAGAUACGAGCCAAUCAACUGCCGCGCUUAUUCUACUUCUAUGACUCGAAAAAAAACAGUAGCACGCCGCUUCACCGUGGGAGACAGAACGGCAUCCGAACAGCAUCCGAGCCGCACCGACAGUCCGCAUACCAGCCUCAGUGUAGUACCCUAAUGGCAACGGAGGACAAAGGAAAAACGGCGGCGCCCCAGGCUUUACCGGAAACGGGAUCCCUUUCAGCAAUAACAACACACAGCAAUCUAAACAACAAUAACAACAACAAUAAUAACAAUAAAGACAACGAGGGAAACGAAGGUGCCACAACAGCCACGUCUACUGCUGUUGAAUCCAGUGAGGCUGAAAACAUCAUAGGAAACGGUUCAGCUGUUAAUACCACUGGAGGCAAUAACGGCAAAUGGGUUCGUCUCAACGUCGGUGGGACGGUGUUUCUAACGACACGACAAACGCUGCUAAAGGAACAAACUUCAUUUCUGUACCGACUGUGCCAGCAGCAAGACUUACAUUCUGACACGGAUGAAACUGGCGCUUACGUGAUUGACCGAGAUCCCACCUAUUUUGGUCCCAUACUCAACUAUCUGCGACAUGGAAAGCUGGUUUAUAACAAGGAGUUGGCAGAAGAAGGUGUCUUGGAGGAGGCAGAAUUCUACAACAUCACACCGCUGAUUAAAUUAAUCAAAGAGAGGAUUCUUGAGCGAGACUCCAAGGCCACACAGCAGGUACCACCAAAGCACGUGUAUCGGGUGUUGCAGUGUCAGGAAGAGGAGCUGACCCAGAUGGUGUCCACCAUGUCGGACGGCUGGAAGUUUGAGCAGGUCAGCGUGCGCGCCUGCCGAAAACCCCGCCCCGGACUGCUCUGGACUAUGGUGAACAUUGGCUCAUCUUACAGCUAUGGAACAGAGGACCAGGCUGAAUUUCUGUGUGUGGUGUCAAAAGAGCUGCACACCUCGGGUGGAGGUUUGGGGACGGAGCAGAGCCACAAGACUAAGACAUCGGACACUCAGGAGGAGGAUGGAGCAAGGAAGGAAGAGGAGGAGGAGGAAGAGGAAGAGGGAGAGAGAAAUGCCACCCCCAAUGAGUGGAUUAGAGAUUAGCAGAAACUUGUGUCAAAGGAAUUGCUGUUCCAGAUUCAUGGGUCCCGGAUGUAGGAUACAAAGAAUUUUAUUUUUCUAGAUAUCCAUUUUUUUUCUUGUGCUCAUGAUGCUGUUUUUAUAGCCAUACUUUUUUAGAUUUGUUGACUCGAACAACGGGUAUUAGCGGGAGACAACCAGCAGCAAAAAAAUUGAAUUGAAAUUAUCCUAAACGCAAAAGGCACCUGAGGUAUUAAGAAAAGAUCACAAUUACUUAAUCUUAGUACAUGGCCUGCUACCAAAGAGUGCAACCUAGUAAUGGGAUAUUAUAGUAAAUUUUAGUAAAUAGUAAAUGCAUUUAAACAAUAACUAAAAGACUUAGUCUGGCUUCGUCGGGAUAGACACUGUAAUCGAUAAUGGAAAGACUGUGUGGAUAUGAGACUGUAAUCAGUUAUUUAGUAUUUAGAGUUUAGGUUUUGCACAUUUACUAUAGCAGAAGAACGGCGGCUCUGCUACAGACACGGGUCAUGUCCUGUUCCAUCUAGCAUCAGCUGUGGGUAAAGUGCCAGCAGUGUCACCCUGGCAGACCACCAGCAGUGCACUUUACCCCUAUUUACAGUCUGUGGAAGUUCAUUUUGAUAGUCGUUGGCGCCGGAUAGAAGGUCAGAGUGUCAUUAGAGGUCACUGGGAUAUUACAGGGCUCGCGAGGGUUCUGGCUGCGUUUGUAUGCUGUAUAUGGAUUUUUAAUAGGUCCGGGGCACAGUUUACUUACAAUGAAUUUAGUUUUGUUCAUUCAGCUAAUGUGCUGGAUUAUGAUACCGUGUCACUUGUUAAUGUGUUUUGUGUGAAGGGUAGAUUUUUUCAAAAGGAACUAGCCUGGCAAUCAAAACCGUUCCAAUCAACAUGCCUCAAUUCAACAAUUGAUCAAGCACCUUUUACUCUCUUUAGAGGCCUAGAGCCAUGCAAAUUAGCUUUCUUUGGGAUUUUUAUGUGCUGUGGGCUGAUUUGCAUGUCUAAGCUCUAAGCUUGUUUAUUAAAUAUGCUGUAGUUUUGCACAAAUUUGCAUAGAUACAGUGCCCCUAAACAUAUUUGGACGCUUAAACCAUGUUAAAAAUGCAUGAAAGUCAUCGCAUUAUAGGUGCUGGUCAUAUAA